UCUCAUACAGCACACGUCAUGGGGAAUUCCUGCUUAGAUGACAUAUAUUUCAGAGGUGUCGCUAUGUUUAUAAUAAUGAUGACCUGUCAAGAGGAUCAGUUGUUUUGCUAGAGAGACAUUAGCUGGCUAAUUAGCUGAUUAAUCUGCCCACUGACCCACAUUCCGCCUCAGCCGCUAUAAAUAACUAACCUGCGUUUAACUAUUUAGGCGGUAUUAACAAUUAAUAUGGGUAAUUAGUGCUCCUGAGUAAAUACUAUUUUGUAUCUGCAUCAGCAGUUUAGUGUGUUUUUCAUUUAAUGGUAAUGCUCAAUGGAGACGCUCAUGAGUGCCGUGGCCCCGCGUGCGCCGGCGGCGGUGAAGCGGGUGUCCGAGGUGGACUUCCGCUCGGGCACGACUCUGGAGCAGCUAUCGGCUCAGGUGCAGGAGCUGGUGCAGCUGGAGCAGGGGGAGUUCGGGGACCAGACCGCACUCGAGGUGCACACGGCCAAAGACUUCAUCUUUAAUAUGCUGGGCCUGGUGCAGAAGGUAGACAAGCGAUUGCCAGUUGCCAAUGAAUAUCUACUGCUAUCAGGUGGAGCCAGGGAAGGUGUUCUUGACCUUAACCCAGAGGACCUUGGUGACUACGCCAAAGGUGUUGACUUUGAUUUGGACUUCACUCUACUGGUGCCUGCUCUUAAACUGCAUGACCGAAAUCAGCCAGUGACGCUGGAUAUGCGGCAUUCCCCACCAUGCCAUUCUUGGCUGAGCCUGCGCCUCUGCGACCCUGCGAUGCUGACGCGUUGGAGUAUCUGCUGUCAAGAUGAGAAAACUAGAGAGAAUAAAGAUUUGGAAGAUGAGGAGGAAGAUACUGAAGCAGUACGAGGCUCAAUCCCCUCCCUGCAGCCUGCUCAAUCAUUAGAUGGAUGUUACUUCUCUCCGUUGCUGGUUGCCGAUUGGUUCUGGAGUGUAGUUGGGACGGCGGUAGAAGAGUUAAGGAGAAAUCCUCAAAGAGGGAUUCCCAUUCCUGAUCGUGUUGAGCGGAAUGGUCCACUAACAACACUGAUUCUUACUGCAGGAACUAGCCGUAUCCUUUACGACUUGCUUCCAGUGGUGUCGUUUCGUGGCUGGCCGGCCGUCGCACAGGGUUGGCUCACGACCAACCAUUUCUGGGAUGGCAAAAUAACGGAGGAGGAGGCCAUCAGCGGGUUCUACUUGCUUCCUGGUUGUUCUCCAGCUGCCAGCCCCUCAACCAGACCUGACCGCGAAUGGAGACUCGCCUUCUCCCGCAGUGAGGUUCAGCUAAAGAAAUGCGUGCCCUACCCAAUGGCACAAGCCUUCCAAGCAGCUAAAGCUGUACUGUCAAGACUAUUAGCUCGCCCUCGCACCGGCCUUAGCCUCUACCACCUACGUACCUUGAUGUUUUGGGCUUGUGAUCGCUUGCCUACAACCUACCUUAGCUGUCCAGAUCAUGAGACUCCUGCACGGCUGUUCCUUGGUCUACUUGAUGACUUGGCUCACUGCAUUCUGGGCAAAAACUGUCCUAAUUACUUCCUCCCUCAGUGCAACAUGCUCGAGCACCUUACGGACAGCGCCGCCCUGUUAGUGGCACGAAAACUUGCACAUUUACGUUCCGAUCCUGCAGAGCACUUAAGAGCCGCUUUGGAGCAGGCACAACAGGCAUGCCAACUCAAACGUGAGGCCGCAGUAGCUGCGAGCAAUGGCCAUAAGUUAUCGUCACCUACCCAUGGAUAUGGUGCGGGAUCACCACAGGACGACCGGCUAGCACAACGACUGCAACAGCUGGUGACAGAAAACCCUGGCAAGUCUAUUUCAGUCUUCCUCAACCCAGAUGACGUUACACGUCCGCAUUUCCGCAUUGACGACAAGUUCUACUGAGAGGACUGAGCUGGUUUAUACACUGCCCAGGGUACAGAGACCCUAUACGACAGAACUUCUAGAAGACAUAGUCAUGUCACUGUGCUACUGUAUUACCAAAUAGUAAAACAGAGUCUUUACAGAGGAGUUCUUCCCUCUGUUUGGCUCAACAAUGCUGACUACAAUCAAAGUUGCUUGACACUCCAAUGAGGGAUUGUAUGAAUUUCACAGGUGUCACAAUGUCAGGGAGAACAAAAAUAACGGGGAAAAACAGAUUUUAAUUGUGUGACUCGUAUAAAAUCAAAAUUCAGUCGCAUCCUAAAAAAUCCUAGCAUGCUAGAUUUCUGAAUUUUUUUUUUACUUGCUACUCAAUACUACUGAGAAAGGAAACUAGUAUUUUCUGCUGUGUUCCACAGUAAAUCCCGAGGGCAGUAGAACUGGAAAACCAACUAGGCCAAGGUACAUUAUGAUGAAAUCGAAUGUAAUUUUUUUUUUUUUGGUGUAUGUGUGGAGAAGUUUGCGACUAUUGAUCACAUAAUCUUCUCUUUCUUUAGUCUUGUCAGUUACCCUGCUUGCUCCCUUUCUCAGGUACUUUUUUUUUCUUUUAACUGGUGAGUCUUGAGCUGUUCUACUCUAGGCCUUGUCCUUUAUGUAUAAGCUUUUGUACAGCCUGUAGAAACAAUCUUUUUGAAACAAAUGCUGGUCGAGGCUUUUUUUUUGUUGUUGUUGUUUACUUUUUUAGAUUCGUAAGUUAGAUGCGGCUGAUGGUCUAUCAAGGUUCAGACUGGUUUAGAUUAGUUGAUUAGUCAUAGCUUAAACAGACAAAACUGAUUGAUGCAGAUUUUGUGUAUUCUCGGUUCCUGAUUGGAUUCUAAUCUGCACUGAAAUAAGCAGUAUGUGUUAGUGUUAUUCUAAGGGCUUUUCUUUGUCAAUCAUUGUUGCAUAUGUCCGGAUAAAACAAAAUAUGGAAGAUGCUUUGGAAAGUGGGAUUUUUUGUGGUGAUAAAGGUUUGCCAGCACUAUGUACUGGAAUAAUAGAAAGACAAAUCAAGUGCAGGCAAGGUAGCUGUGGGAGGCCGAGAUGGAUGAAGAAAGUCCAACACGACGUCCACUGGAUGGAUUAGGCCGAACCAAUGAGACUCCCGGGACUGUAGACAUCUGCUCUCCCUUCACUCCUUUCUAAAUCCUUCCCUCUUCAUCGGCCUCCAUCUCUGGCUGUUCUUGAUCCAUCUCUACCUCUUUGACUGUGCUCAAGGAUUAAAGAACAAUGUUACAUGUGUAUUCAGCAUAAAUCGCAUUAGCUCCCUGUGGGAGUUGGCAGACCAUUCGUGUGUGCUGCUGACAUGGCUGCUGCGCCAAUACAGAGCAAUCAGUAACACCGUUGCCUUUGAAUGACAGCAAAAUGGCGAGGAAUAGGCUUUUUCUAGUGGAUUUCAUAUUCCAGUAUUUGAGACGGGAGACGUGCUUCUGAAAAGAGUUUGUGUAGUGUUGCACACAGUACAGGUAGGCUGUUAUACAUAAUGUCUGCUGUAUGCCAAGGAGAAGACACCAAAGAUGGUUUAAAAGACUGAUUGCUUAGAUUAAAUGUCAUUAAGGAAAACGGAUGUAUCUCUAUUGUAUAUUGUCAGGGUUUGACACUGUAUACCUUAAAAGGCCUCUUUAGUGGAUAUAAAUAUUGUAAAAUGCUUGAAUUAAUAUUUGUAAUGCUAUUUUAAAUGUUUUCCUGCAUAUAUUGACCGUUGUUUAGCACAAUGUCUGAUAUCAAAUGAACAGUGGUACUAUGCAAGAUUUCAGAAUCAUUGAGAGUGUUUUAUACAAUAAAUUCAUUAGGGGAAAAAUUAAUGUUCCUGCCUCAGGGCAUGAUAAAAUGUUCCGGACGCAUUUCAGGUGAAAUAUCUGAAGGAAGCCAAAGCACAUGAUUUUCCUUACCAACUUUUUAAUGAUGUGGUCCCAGUGUUUCAUUCUCUGAUGGAAUAGUCCCUUGUGUCAUGCUGUUGUAUACAAAAUACGAAUGUAAACAACUUAUUUUACCUCUUGUAUUAAUCUUGUCAUCAACUCAAAUUCCCUGAAUGAAAAUGGAACAAUGCAUAUUUAAAUGGUACCAAAUAUUUAUAUAUUUCAUAUAAUGUCUCUAACAUGCCUCACAACGCUUGUUUUGUUUUGUUUUUUGUUUUUUUAAUAAUACAUGUGCUGGGGUGAGGGGAAAUUGCCCUCUGUGUAAUCAUGUGUGAUGAUGCUGGUAUAAGCAUGAAUUAAAUCAUUACAACUAUGA